UGUUAGGAUAAAUUGACUCGUCAUUACCGAUUCAAAUAUCUCAACCCAUCGUGGGUCAACCCAAAUACCAUUUGGGUAUCCAAUUUGACACCUCUAAUAUUCACAUGGACUGUUCUUAUUUAGCUUUUUUUUCUAAUCCUUUUUCCACUACUAAAAAACUUGAAUAAUAUUGCACAAAAUAAAAAAUAAAAAAAUUCCGUUGUUUCCGUAUAACUAUAUUAAAAAAUAAAAAAUAAAAAUAAAAUAAAAUUGUAAUACAGGCAGUAGUAUGAGUCAAAAACCUCGAAAAGAUCCCAGAACGUUAGACAAAACAGUCCAAUAACCACCAACCACGUGUCAAAAAGUUGUAAUAGAUCCCCAUCUAGCAUUCUCACUCCAUAUAACUCCUCCCCAAAUUUAACACUCGCGCCGUUUACGUUCACUUCUUUCUUUCUCUCUCUUACAUUUCUUUCUCUCUCUUCAACGGCUCUUUCCCACCUUUGAUCUCUCCACGUGUCCUCUCCUCCUUCUCCCGCCUUCCCUGAUCUAUCCGUUAACCCUAACCCCCUUCUUCCCCCUUUCUCUCUCCUUCCCAAAAAAAUUAAAAUUAAAAUAAUAAUAAUAAUAAUAAAAUAAUGGGGAAGCUACUCUGCGACAGCGCCACCGUAACGGAUACAUUACCGCCGCAAACUCCACCGUUGAUCACUUGGAGGGACCCACCAGCUACAACCACAGCCGUUGAUUUUCCAUCGACGUCAUGGGAUGACGUCACAGGGUUAGAAGAUCAACAAAGGAAGAGUCUCUCUCGGUUGCAGGCGAAGGGUGUCCUGUGGAAGCAUCCAGAGGAUAAAAGCCUACCUCCUGUGGUAUUCCGGCUGAGUCACGGAGGCGAUGUUGACGCCGACGGGAACUGUCUGUUCUCGGCGGCGGAGAAGGCGGCGAUGUGGGGUCUUCGAGAAGGGGAGUGUGGUGGGGCCAAAGAGUUGAGGAGAAGAACGGUGAAGAGAUUUGAACAAGAUUUUGAAUCCGCGGAAAAAGAGGAGAGAGAAAGAGUGGAAAUUGUGAUUAAGAAUUUGUAUUCACCUGAUCUUAAAUUUGGGUGGGGGAUUCAUAUUGUUCAAGAAAUUAAAUUGUUGGCCAACAAAUCUGAUCGGCAGAUCUUGGAUGAUGCUAUUCUUGAACUCCUCAAUAUUGGCAUGCUUAGAGAAACAGCGGCAGAAUCUAUUUACAAAGAGAGGUGUAUUGCAGUGGACGAUGGUCCGAGUUGGGCCAAAUACAUGUCUAUCUCUGGUUCUCCUGAUGAUGAGUAUGAUAUCAUCACAUUGCAAUAUACUGAGGAGGGUUUAUUGACUGUAGAUGAAAAUAGAGAAGGUCGUGCCGCCGCCUUUGGGGAUGAUAUUGCCAUCGAGUGCCUUUCAACAGAGUUCAAGAGAGAAAUUUUUGUGGUGCAAGCUCAUGGAUCAGAUGCUAUGGUUGAUGAAGACAAUUGUGUUUUCUUCCUUCCACACCGCCCAAGGGGUGGUGAAAUUACUGGACCUCCGCUCUUCCUUUUCAUGAAAGGGACAGGUUGGUGUGGUGCUGGAGCUGAUCACUACGAGCCCUUGAUUGCCCAUCCUUCUUCCCCCGUCUCACAGGAGAAGGUUGGUUUUGUACUGUGAGAAGUAAUAUUAUGUUAGGUAAGCAGUUUUGUGGUAGAGGUUGGACUAGGAGAAGCAGCACCAGCUCUCAAUAUUUCCUCCCAGAACAAUAGCAGUAGAUUUAGUGGGUGCCCAUUCUUUUGGUAGGCUGUAGAGUGAGAAAUUUUGUUAUCCGGGGAUAGUUUCUAUCCGAUUCUUUUGAAUUCAAGACAUGAGAUUCAGUCAGUUCUGAGUUCAGAGGCUGAUUUUUGCACCGUGUUGUGCUAUAUGCUCUUGAAGUCUUGAGUAAACCCCAUCCCCAUGAAAAAUGUAAUUGUUUUAGGGAGGGGUGUUCGUUUUACUUUAUUGAGUUUAGUGUGGUUCACUUUUUUUGUAUGUUUGUUCCUUCCCAUUUCCGAGGCAAAACUCUUGUAAUUUUGUGACUCGAAUGAUUCUACACAAUCCUUGUGUAAAGGAGCUGAACUCCAUUACUUUUAUGGCGCAAAAGUUUUGUUUAAGAGAUGAAAAUCUCCAAUAAAUUUGGCUUACUGAAGUUUAUCGUUUA